AUGCUCUACAUCAGCGACCCGAUGCAGCAUUACACCACGUCCCAGUUCAAUUUGCUGAACAACAGCAUGGAUCAGAGCAUCGGCAGCAGAGCAGCCUCCACCAGCCCCUACAGCUCCGAGCACACCUCCAAUGUCCCAACGCAUUCGCCCUACUCGCAGCCCAGCUCUACCUUCGACGCCAUGUCCCCGGCCCCCGUCAUCCCCUCCAACACCGACUACCCUGGUCCCCACCACUUCGAGGUGACCUUCCAGCAAUCCAGCACCGCCAAGUCAGCCACCUGGACAUACUCCCCGCUGCUGAAGAAGCUCUACUGUCAGAUUGCCAAGACAUGCCCCAUCCAGAUCAAGGUGUCCACCUCGCCGCCCCCAGGCACCAUCAUCCGGGCCAUGCCCGUCUACAAGAAGGCAGAGCACGUCACCGAGGUGGUGAAACGCUGCCCCAACCACGAGCUCGGCCGCGACUUCAAUGACGGCCAGUCAGCCCCUGCAAGCCACCUCAUCCGGGUGGAAGGCAACAACCUGUCCCAGUACGUGGAUGACCCGGUGACGGGGCGGCAGAGCGUGAUGGUGCCCUACGAGCCCCCACAGGUGGGGACCGAGUUCACCACCAUCCUGUACAACUUCAUGUGCAACAGCAGCUGCGUGGGAGGGAUGAACAGGAGGCCCAUCCUCAUCAUCAUCACCCUGGAGACGAGAGACGGCCAGGUCCUGGGGAGGAGAUCCUUCGAGGGGCGGAUCUGUGCCUGUCCCGGCAGGGACCGCAAAGCCGACGAGGAUCAUUUCCGAGAGCAGCAAGCCCUGAACGAGAGCACAGCCAAGAACGGCAACGCCAACAAGCGCACCUUCAAGCAGAGCCCCCAGGGCAUCCCAGCGCUGGGCACUGGCAUUAAGAAACGGAGGCACGGGGAGGAGGAGAUGUACUACGUGCCUGUGCGAGGCCGGGAGAACUUUGAGAUCCUGAUGAAGAUAAAGGAAAGCCUGGAGCUGGUGGAGCUGGUCCCACAGCAGCUGGUGGAUUCCUACCGGCAGCAGCAGCAGCAGCUCCUGCAGAGGCAGAACCAGCUGCAGACACCUUCCUCCUACGGCCCCGUCCUUUCCCCCAUGAAUAAAGUCCACGGCGGAGGAAUCAACAAGCUGCCCUCUGUGAACCAGCUGGUGGGGCAGCCUGCCCAACACAGCUCCAGUUCUGCACCCAGCCUGGGCCCCAUGGGACCCGGAAUGCUGAACAGCCACCCCAUGCAGACCAAUGGAGAAAUGAAUGGGGGCCACUCAUCCCAGUCCAUGGUGUCGGGGUCUCACUGCACCCCCCCGCCACCCUACAACGCCGACCCCAGCCUCGUCAGUUUUUUAACAGGAUUGGGGUGUCCAAACUGCAUCGACUAUUUCACCUCACAAGGGUUACAGAAUAUUUACCACCUGCAGAACCUAUCCAUAGAGGAUCUCGCAGCACUGAAGAUCCCGGAGCAGUACCGCAUGAUCAUCUGGCGGGGUCUGCAGGAGCUCAAGCAGAGCCACGACUACGGGGCCCAGCAGCUGAUCCGCUCCAGCAGCAACGCCUCCACCAUCUCCAUCGGCAGCUCGGGCGAGCUGCAGCGGCAGCGGGUGAUGGAGGCCGUGCACUUCCGCGUGCGCCACACCAUCACCAUCCCCAACCGCGGCGCGGCCGACGACUGGGCCGACUUCGGCUUCGACCUCCCGGACUGCAAAUCCCGCAAACAGUCCAUAAAGGAGGAGUUCACGGAGGGAGAGAUCAACUGAGGGGCUCCAGAGGUGGCAGCGAGACGCCGGCGGGGUGAUAAACCACCCCCCCCUCAAAAUGUAUUUGCAGCCUUGGGCACCUGGAGAAGUUUAAUUUUGUUAUCCAGGGGAACUGCAGGCCCUGAGCCAGGCAGGAGGCGCCUGCCUGGGGAGGAGACUGGAAGUGAGGAGGAGGAGGAAGGAAAGGAGGAGGGCAGCCGAGCCAGCUCAGCAGCCAGAGCGGGAUUUCUGCCUGCCCAUGGCACAGGAGGCACUGUGUGAUUUGUGUUUUCCUGGAGCAUCCCUGCAUCCAGCAGUGUAAGGACAGCACAUUUUUCUCACCCCUGCUCACCGUCCGUGUUCUCUGUGGUGUCCCAGACUGAGAGGGCUUUGUCACUGCAGCAGACUCAGCCCUGAGUUGUGCAGGCAUUGCCAGGGACUGGUGUGAAGCCAUGUCCAGCUUUUCCAUGGACUGCCAAACGCACCCCUUCCCUCAGCCCUCUGUAGAGCCAGAAAGACCCUGUUUGUCAUUACCAGUGUGUCCUUGUACUUAAAGGUUGGUGUAUAUAAACAGAAUGUACAUACAGUAAACUCAUUGUGCUGUAAGGAGAGAGAAAGAUUUAUUUUCAUGUAAGCUAUAAAAAUUGAUACUGACUCCUGAGACACCGGAGUGUCAAGUAAAUUCCAUGUUGUAGCACGUAAACAUGCAGAGA